UCACUGUAUUUAAAAACUUAAGCUUUGCAGCUGGUUACCCUUUGAAACAGGCCAUUUUAAUACUGCUGUCCCUUUAAGAGCAGGGGGCGUGUGACCCAUACAAGUAGAAUACAAAAACACGAGCUGGUAGAAUGGCUUGAAACGAUGAGUUCCGAAGUGGGUGGGGCUUCGUGACGCGUAUGUUUUCAGAUUUGAUGGAUUUAAGUAAUACUUCUCCGAAUCACAAUCAAUAAUUUUGGCAGUUUCUCCUUACCGUUUUCGGGUGUAAAAUAAUCCCGUGAAUAUUUGCUGAAGCGAAAUGUAAGCGUAAUUGUCACGUGAUACCUGUUACUUUGCUCAGCGUUGAUCGGAUUCGCCUUAACGCGAUAACUUGUGAUAACUUCAUUUUGGAUUUUUUAAAUAUAAAUAUUUUACACAGGAGUUUUUUAUUUAUUUACAUAUUUACACAUCUUAAAUAAGAAAUGAAUAUACUAAUUCAAAUCAGAUUUUACGCCCCUGGAGGAAGACAACUGAAUGUCCCAUUGUAAACAUCAUUUUUAGAUCCACUUUCCAAUUAGUUUUCGAAUCGAGUUACAUCGAAUGAGUCUCUUGAACCAGUCAGCAACAGCGUGCCCGUCCCGAUGCUCGAAGAUGCAGCGUUUUGGUAACAGAUCGCAUAGGCUGAACUCACAUUGCGUUAUUUAACGCGUCCACCUGCACUGCAUAGAAAAAAAAUUUUCUGGAGGACUAGCGAACGAUGGACCUGCACAUCUUGGACCAUAGAUUAAGGGUCACAUCCAUCAGUAAAUCGGGACUUGAACAGUACACACACCCCCUAAUCAAACUGAUAUUUCUCAGAAACCGGACGAGGUCAGAAGGAUUGCUCACACAAACACAACAUUAUCUCAUCCGAUGCAAAUUUUUCAGUCUCACAGAGACUCCGGAAAAUUACACCGUUGUCCUCGAUGAGGAAGGAUUUAAAGAGCUCCAGCCGUCUGAACACUUACAGGUGGAGGGCUCCACUUGGCUCCCGCUCAAUGUCGUCUCCAAUGGCAACGCCUCCAGCAGCUCACAGGCCGUGGGCGUCACCAAAAUCGCCAAAUCUGUGAUCGCUCCAUUGGCCGAGCAGCAUGUGUCCGUCUUCAUGCUCUCCACCUAUCAGACCGACUUUAUUCUGGUGCGAGAGAAAGACCUGGCGGUGGUGGUGGAGACUCUAGCGGAGGAGUUUAAUGUUUUCAGAGAGGAGGGAGGAGAGUCAGUGCCUGUCCACAGUCAGGACGCCUGCAACGGCCUUCAGCGAAACGGCAGAGAGGUUCCACAUGCAACAGUUCAUCCGGUGCUGAUUCCAGAAAAUCAUUUUUGCGUAAUGAGCUUGGAUCCAGACACACUGCCAGCGAUUGCCACAACCCUCAUAGAUGUUCUGUUUUACUCUAACAGAUCUAAAGAGGAUGCCAGUGUUGAUCAGGACAUGGAAUGUAUCGUGUUUUUCUCCUUCUCUCUGAUUGAUGGAUACAUCUCUUUGGUGAUGGACACAGAAGCACAGAGACAAUUCCCCACUGAUCUCCUCUUCACCAGCUCUUCUGGUGAGCUCUGGAGGAUGGUGAGAAUAGGAGGACAGCCACUCGGCUUCGAUGAAUGUGGGAUAGUUGCUCAGAUCUCUCAGCCUCUUGCAGACAGUGAUAUAUCAGCGUAUUACAUCAGCACCUUCAGCUUUGAUCAUGCUCUGGUGCCAGAAGAAGAUUUAGCGAGCGUGACUGAGAUGCUUCAAACUCAGAGGAUGUCCAGUUGAAAAAGUGUAGAAAAAAACCUAACCGGUGGAUGGUAGAUCUUAUUUGAGCCACUUCCACUCAGUAUUACUCCGCAACCUGCGGUGAUUCAGUCACUGCAUCUGAAAGCUUGGGCUUAAAACAGGCCUAAACUAAAACAGUGGCAUUUUGCUUUGAAAUGACAUUUUUGCAGCAUGUUAAUGAUCGAUUAUUUUAAGCAUAUUUUUUACUUAACUGAAUUAUGUUUAUUUCUUAAUUUUCGGGGUAAGGAUAACACAAUGUUCUAUAAUAUGCAACUGGAAAUUCCCUUUGGUUUAGCUGCUGUCAUUAUGUUCUGCAAAAAUCAUUAUUCCUUUGAGUAUUGCACACAGACGUCUUCCAGUAUUGUCAGAAUCAGGUUUUUUUUCUUAAGUAACCCUGUUUAAGGUUAAGCUAAAUACAUGUUAUUGUUGUAACAACUUAUGGUGUCACUGAAACAUUGCACUUAGAAAAGCAGUUACUGAAUCAGCAAAUACCAAAGUCAUACUGUUAUGAAUGGCUCUUGCAUCAAACCAUAUUUACACAAAGUUGGGUAAAUCUCUCAAGAACAUAUCCAGCUCAUAUUUCACCCCAAAAACGAAAUCUUAAUGUACAAACUAUAUUUUGCUGAAAGGAAUAGUUCUGAGAAACACAUCUCAUGCUCACCAAUGGGUCCUCUGCAGUGAAUGGGUGCCGUCAGAGUUGGAGUCCAAACAGCUGAUAAAAACAUCACAAUAAUCCACAAGUAAUCCACAUGACUCCAGUCCAUAAAUUAACAUCUUUUGAAGUGAAAAGCUGUUUGCGUUAUUAAGGGGGUUUUAAUUUUAGACCGCUGCUUUUGGUCAAAAUACCUGUCCAUUAUCCCAAAUAACACUUCCUCCGCUUCCUUGUCGUCGCACAUCAAAAUCCACCAACAUACUGUAUGUGUUCAGAAUUGUUUGGACUGUUUAUGCUUGUAAACUGUGCCUGAUCUGUGAAUAUUUCUAUUCUGAUUCAGACAAGAUGACUUUUUCACUGGAGAAAGCAAUUUUAUGGAUGGAGGACUGGCAUUUUAAGUGAUUGAAAGCAAUCGAUGAAAUCAUCUUGAUGGAUGUUUUUCUUACAAACACAUAAAUAUGAAAUGUAGGACUGGAGUCGUUUGGAUUAUUUUUGGUGUAUUGUGAUGUUUUUAUCAGCUGUUUGGACUCUCAUUUUGAUGGCACCCAUUCACUGUAGAGGAUCCAUUAGCAAGAGAUGUAUUGCUAAAUUUCUCCAAAUCUGUUCUGAUGAAGAAACAAACGUAUCUACAUCUUGGCCUGAGGAUGAGUACAUUUUCAGCAAAUUUGCAUUUUUGGGUGAACUAUUCCUUUAAAGGGAAUCAAAUGCAUUUUUUUUUUUUUGCAUUAUAAGAAAGUAUGUAUACAUCCAGUUGCUUUUCAAGUAAUUGCAUAUCAGUGUUUGUUUUUACAGUACAAAAUUAUUGUAAACAGUGGUGAGAAUCAAAAGAAAGUACAAUUCUCACCCAAAAGUACUCAGAAGUUAAAUGGGGGUUUGAGAGGAAAUGUGUGUAAUAUGUUUUUUUGAGAUUCACUCGUUAGUGAGAAAAGGCGUAAAUAAAUAAGUACUUUUAAAGAUUAUCAAGAUAAUUUGAUUAGGCAAUUUUCUCAUAAACUGAUAAGGGCUGAGGUUUAGUGAUUCCUGGAUCUAGUGUGACUUUAUCAACUGAUUUAAAGUUUGAUUAGGGAAAUGCUUCUUGCACAGCUAUCUGCCUAAUGAAAUUGUUAGGUUUAAUAACUUGCUAAUGCUAAAGCAUGCCCCUCUUGAUUUUUGUUUCAUGCCAGAAUAGGCUGCCGUUAAUGUGACCGAUAUUAAUUCACUACUAGUGAACCAAGCACAAAUAUGUACACAAGAAGUGAUAAAUUAAAGAAAUGUAGUUGAUGGAGAAUCAAAUUCAUGCCAGGAGAAAUGCACUUAUUGAUUGUAUUUUGAAGGCACGAUCACUAAUAAAUCCAGAAAUCAGAACUGG